GAACUCGCACUCUCGACGAACUCGAACCGAUUUGGAGCCAACGGUGCGAAGAUUCCCUGUUUCUAAACCAUAAUUCUUCGAAUUCUUUGACUUGGUAAAGCUAAAAUUCUUUGCUUUUUCAUUCAAAUUUCUUAGUAUUUAAUAAUAAUUGGAUUUAAUCUUUGAGUAUACAAUAUGGCUGGUCUUUACUUCCUAUAAGCCUUCAGUAAUUGUUGAAAUUCAUAGGAAUUAGAAGUUGUUUGAUUGAUUUAUGAAGAACCCAAGUUUCCGAUUUGUUGAUCUGGGUUGUGCGAGUUUUAUGAUUUGUGGGGCUUUUGAUCAGUAGUAGAUGUUAGUACAUCUGAAUCUAUUGGUAUUGGCGAAUUCUUGAAACGGGUUUUGUUGUGUUGGUCGUUUAGGGCUUUACGAUUGUCAGAAUAAACUGUGGGGUUUCAAAUUCUUGAUAGCAGGGUCAUCUUGGAGUGAAGGUCUUAAUUUUUGUGGAAAUUUGUGUAUUGAGUUCAAAAGAUACUGGUUGCAGCAUUCUAGUGAGAGUUUGUGUUGGCGCUCUUGCGCUUGUGUACAAAGGGGUUUCUACAUGGGGAAACCACUGUUUUAUGAGAUUUUAGAAAAGCCAGCUACAAGUUGUAUUAUAGGACUAUGUACUGCAAUUUGGUUUUAUAUACAGAAGAAAAGCAUUGGAUAUUCACAUGUGGGUUUGAGUUAUGAACAUGCCCUUGAAGGUCAUUAUUGGAGGGUAAUAACAUCUGCAUUUUCCCAUAUUAGUGUUCUUCAUCUAGUUUUUAAUAUGAGUGCACUUUGGAGCCUUGGAGUUGUCGAACAGUUAGAGCACAUUGGUCUUGGGGUGGAGUUUUAUCUCCAUUACACCCUUGUGUUGGUUGUUUUAUCUGGUUUGCUUGUUUUGGGUGCAUAUCAUGUUUUGAUACAAAAAUUCAAGCUUGAAUAUUUCAGAAGAGUAACUGCUGUUGGAUAUUCUUGUGUGGUUUUUGGGUGGAUGACGAUUCUAUCGGCGAAGCAACCUUCUUCUAAGUUGGAACUUUUUGGGUUUCUUUCGCUUCCCAUUAGUUUUGCACCAUUUGAGUCCCUUAUAUUUACCUCAAUAAUCGUUCCGCAAGCAAGUUUUCUUGGUCAUUUAUCAGGAAUCAUUGUUGGGUACUCUAUUGCAUGGGGUUUGAUCCAUGGGAUGAACAAUUACUGGGCAGUUUCAAUGUUGGGAUGGAUUAUGCUUGUGUUUGUGUUAACUUUGAAGAAGUCUGGUGCAUUUGAUUUCAACUUUCUUGAGAUUGAACCCGUUACAGAUCCAUCCUUGCCGUCUGUUCGAUUUCUUGCUUCUGGAAAUGGCAGAACCUUGCAGAUGAGUACACUGCCAGAUACUGGUGCCAAUCUUGUGUAGCUUUUGGUCAAGAUCUUACCAUAUUCUUCACGGAGGUCGGCUGGACUUACAUGAAGGUCAUCCUACUUUUAUCUUGUACCCAGUCUUUAUGCAGGACUGUUCGUCUCGUGUACAAGAUUUUUACAUUUGCACUAUCAUCCACUGAUAAAAACAUGAGAGUUAUCCGAGACUGCUCCUCUAGCUCUUUAGAUUCUUGAAUGUAUGUCAUGUCUUAAGCAUUCAUGGUAUGUGAGGUCACUAAUCCCCUUUGUUAUUUUUAUGCUUCUCUGCUCAAGAAGCGUUUUCCUUACCUGUUGGAUCUUGGACCCAACAAGUUCAGUUUUUAUUCCUCCAUUUUUAACUCAAUGAAACGAGGAAAAAAUGAUUUUCUGUUACAUUUACUAUGUAAUGUUAAAGUUUGCCCUUUAUGAUCUAUCGCAUAAAUGAAUAGAUUAUCGUGUCCUGUAUAUAUAUUUCUUUCUCCGUGUGUAAUUUCAUUGUGAUAAUAGUUGUAUUAUUGCAGA